AUGACGGCCCUGGAAAAUCAAGCUGUGGUCUCGAAAGGGAAGGAGGAUCUGCAGAUUAUCUCCUCAGCAUGUGCAGUCACUCUGCUGGCAGCUCUCGGGCGCUUUUAUGUUGCCUCAACAAAGAGAAAGGCUGCCAAGAGUUUUAAUCACCACGGCAAAGCUGACAUGUUGAUGCAUGGAAAAGCGAGUUCAAACUUAGGAAUCAUACACCAGAUGAAAGGCGAUUAUGACACUGCACUGAAACUUCAUAAGACCCACCUGUGCGUUGCCCAGGAGCUGAGCGAUUAUGCUGCCCAGGGCCGUGCCUAUGGGAAUAUGGGCAAUGCCUACAAUGCCCUGGGCAUGUACGACCAGGCGGUCAAGUACCAUCGGCAGGAGCUGCAGAUCUCCAUGGAAGUGAAUGACCGUGCCUCCCAGGCCUCUACACAUGGGAACCUUGCCGUGGCCUACCAGGCCCUGGGUGCCCAUGACCGGGCCCUGCAACACUAUCAGAACCACUUGAACAUUGCGCGGGAGCUGCGAGACAUCCAAAGCGAGGCCCGGGCCCUCAGCAACCUGGGCAACUUCCACUGCUCUCGGGGGGAGUAUGUCCAGGCUGCCCCCUACUAUGAACAGUACCUCCGCCUCGCUCCUGACCUUCAAGACAUGGAAGGAGAAGGGAAGGUCUGCCACAAUCUUGGCUAUGCCCAUUACUGCCUUGGAAAUUACCAAGAGGCAGUGAAGUACUACGAGCAGGAUCUGGCGCUGGCCAAAGACCUUCAUGACAAAUUGAGCCAAGCAAAAGCCUACUGCAACUUGGGCCUAGCAUUUAAAGCUCUGCUGAAUUUCAGUAAAGCUGAAGAGUGUCAAAAGUACCUGCUGUCCCUAGCCCAGUCCCUGAAUAAUUCCCAGGCUAAAUUUCGAGCCCUAGGGAACCUGGGUGAUAUAUUCAUCUGUAAAAAAGAUAUAAAUGGUGCAAUAAAAUUCUAUGAGCAGCAGCUGAGCUUAGCUCACCAGGUAAAGGAUAGAAGACUGGAGGCCAGUGCAUAUGCAGCCCUGGGCACUGCAUACCGAAUGAUCCAGAAGUAUGACAAAGCCUUGGGUUAUCAUACACAGGAACUGGAGGUAUAUCAGGAGCUGACUGAUUUGCCAGGGGAAUGCAGAGCUCAUGGGCACCUGGCUGCUGUCUACAUGGCCCUUGGAAAGUACACAAUGGCAUUCAAGUGUUAUGAAGAGCAGCUGGAUCUGGGGCAGAAGCUGAAGGAUCCGAGUCUAGAAGCCCAGGUCUAUGGCAACAUGGGUAUCACCAAGAUGAACAUGAAUGUGAUGGAGGAAGCCAUCGGCUACUUUGAGCAGCAGUUGGCCAUGCUUCAGCAGCUAAGUGGAAACGAGUCUGUGCUCGACAGGGGCCGAGCUUAUGGCAACCUGGGGGAUUGCUACGAAGCCCUGGGUGACUAUGAGGAAGCUAUCAAAUACUAUGAACAGUAUUUAUCUGUUGCCCAGAGUCUGAAUCGCAUGCAAGACCAAGCCAAGGCUUACCGGGGCCUUGGAAAUGGACACAGGGCAAUGGGGAGCUUGCAGCAAGCCCUCGUGUGCUUUGAAAAGAGGCUCGUGGUUGCCCAUGAACUCGGGGAGGCCUUCAACAAAGCCCAGGCCUAUGGAGAGCUGGGAAGUCUGCACAGUCAAUUAGGGAAUUAUGAGCAAGCCAUUUCCUGCCUUGAACGUCAGCUGAACAUUGCUAGAGAGAUGAAAGACCGAGCUCUGGAGAGUGAUGCGGCCUGUGGCCUGGGGGGCGUUUACCAGCAGAUGGGGGAGUAUGACACAGCCCUGCAGUACCACCAGCUUGAUCUACAGAUAGCAGAGGAAACCAACAACCCCACAUGCCAGGGCCGAGCCUACGGGAACCUGGGCCUGACAUAUGAAUCCCUGGGCACCUUCGAGAGGGCUGUGGUCUAUCAAGAACAGCACUUGAGCAUUGCUGCACAGAUGAAUGACUUGGUGGCCAAGACGGUGUCAUAUAGUAGCCUUGGAAGGACCCAUCAUGCCUUGCAGAACUAUUCCCAGGCAGUCAUGUACUUACAGGAAGGUUUAAGGUUAGCUGAGCAACUGGGCCGAAGAGAAGAUGAGGCAAAAAUUCGCCAUGGCCUUGGCCUCUCCCUCUGGGCUAGUGGAAACCUGGAGGAGGCCCAACACCAGCUUUACAGGGCAUCAGCCUUGUUUGAAACAAUCCGACACGAGGCACAGCUGAGCACCGACUACAAACUCUCCCUUUUUGACCUGCAGACGUCAUCCUACCAAGCCUUGCAGCGAGUGCUUGUUAGCCUAGGCCAUCAUGAUGAAGCCCUGGCUGUGGCAGAAAGAGGACGGACAAGGGCAUUUGCUGAUCUUCUGGUGGAACGACAGACAGGACAACAGGACUCCGACCCCUACUCCCCAGUCACUAUUGAUCAGAUCUUAGAGAUGGUCAAUGGCCAGAGGGGGCUAGUGCUUUACUAUUCCCUGGCUGCGGGCUACCUGUAUAGCUGGCUGCUUGCUCCUGGGGCAGGAAUUCUGAAGUUUCACGAACACUACCUGGGUGAUAACAUGGUGGAAAACUCUGGUGACUUCCAGACCGGCAGCAGUGCAACGCUUCCAACAGCGACCAGCUCCACCCUAGAGCAGCAUAUUGCCAGUGUCCGGGAGGCUCUAGGGGUGGAGUCUUACUAUUCAAG